AUGAAAGCCUAUCUAAAGAGCGCAGACGGCUUUUUUGUCCUAAAUAAAAGCACUACAAUUGGGAGGCAUGAAGAUUCAGAUCUUGUUUUGCAGUCCGUUGACAUCGACAACCACCACGCGCUCAUUGAGUAUAAUGAGGCCGAGUGCAGCUUUGUUCUCCAGGACUUCAAUUCCCGCAACGGCACGUUUGUCAACGAAUGCCACAUUCAGAAUGUGGCCGUGAAGCUUAUACCUGGAGACAUCCUGAGGUUUGGCUCUGCAGGGCUGACCUACGAACUGGUCAUCGAAAACCCACCCCAGGCCUCCUUCCCGUGGAUGAGGGGCCCAGUACCAUGGCCAAGGCCACAACCACCUUGGGCCAUGCAGCAGCCGAACAAGACCCCCUCGCCACCGCAUAUUCCCUUCCACCAGGGCAUCCGGCCAGCGCCCGUGCAAAGGAGUUGGUCCCAAGGCUUCCCCCGGCCCACCAUGGGCUCGCCUGCCUCCCACGGGCGACCCGUGAGUGCCAGCGGGAAGAUGUUCUCCUUUGUGGUGGACAACGCCCGCAAGUCCCCCAUCAAGCAAGUGUGGACCAAUGCCGUGGAACUGCCCGACCCGUCAGUGGCCGAGGGAAUUCCAGUACCUCCCACGGAGAUCUAUGUGGACCAGGACCUGGCCCAGCAGGACAAGGAUGAAAUAAUCCUGCUGCUGGGGAAAGAGGUGAGCCGCCUCUCCGAUUUUGAGAUUGAAUCCAAGUACAAAGACGCCGUGAUAAUGAACCUGCAGAGCGAGGUGGCCCAGCUGAGCCAGAAGCUGUUGCAGACCGCCGCCUCCAGGCAGAACGAGCAGGAGAUCUCGCAGAAGUUUCAGGUCCUGGAUGAAGACAUCGGUGCCAAACAGAAAGAGAUCAAGAGCUUGAAAAGCCAGAUCAGCGCCCUGCAGAAAGGCUACAGCCAGGUGCUGUGCCACACCCUGUCCGAGCGGAACUCAGAAAUCACAUCCCUGAAGACCGAGGGCGAGAGCUUAAAGAGGGACAACGCCAUCUCGUCGGACAUGGUGUCAUCUUUGCAAAAAGACAUGUUAGCAAGGAAUGAGCAAGUUCAACAACUAAAAGAGGAGGUGAACCAACUAAGGAGUCAGAACAAAGAAAAGGAUCUCCAGCUGGAAGCCCUUGGCACUGCAUGCUCAGCGCUGAAGGAGGAGCUAAGAAAGGAGGAAGCACACAAGGAACACAGAGACGCCGAAGAGAAAGAGUUGAAACUCUGCAAAACUCAAAUACAAGACAUGGAGAAAGAAAUGAAAAGGCUUCGGGAGGAGCUGAGGAAGAGCUGUACUGAGCAAUGCAUGAUCUCCAAGACCCUGCGAGAAAAGAGUAAGGUUGAAGAGAAGCUUCAGAAGGAUUCCAGAAGGAAAUUGCUUCAGCUGCAAGAAAUGGGGAACAGAGAGAGCCUUAUUAAAGUCAAUUUGGAAAGGGCAGUAGGUCAGCUGGAGCACUUCAGAAGCCAGGUGAUCAAGGCCACCUACGGACGGGCGAAGCUGACCCAGGACAAGCCCAUCACCGACCAGCAGUUAAUAGAGAAAAUCGCCCAGGUCACCGAGGACAACAUCAACUUUCAGCAGAAAAAGUGGACGCUGCAGAAGGAGACCCAGCUCAGCAACUGCAAGCAGGAGCAGACCGCCGAGGACGUCAAGAAGCUGACAAUGGCCCUAGACAGCUGUCAGGCUUGCAUGAGACUGUGUUGCCGCGGCAGCAGCCUGCGGAAGGAGGUGGACCUUCUUCAGAAGCUCCAGGUGAGCCCACCUGUCUCGGGGCUCCAGAAGGCGUCGCUGGACGUGCUGAGCCUCCCGCUGUCCUGGCUGGAGGAGACGGAGCAGCUCCUCCAGGACCUCGGCAUCCCGCUACCCGGCUCUGACAAAGAUCAAAUUCAACCAUUCUCAGGAAACUCAGCAGUCUUUGCUGCAAGAAAAGCUGCAGGAGCACCUGGCAGAGAAGGAGAAGCUGAACGUGGAGAGGCAAGAGCAAGAGGAGAAACUGAAAGCCAGUGUCAGGCGGCUGAUGGAAGAGAAGGAGGUGAGGCCUUGGAGGAAAGCGUCUCUGAAGAGAGAAACAGAGCAAAGGAAGCGUUACAGGAAGAGCAGAUGAGAGCCCAAGAGCUGGAGAGUCGCUUAGCCCGCCAGAAGGAGGCCUUGGAGGAAAGCAUCACUCAAGAGAAAAACAGAGUCAAGAAAGCGUUGCAGGAAGAGCAGGCGAGAGCCCAGGAGCUGGAGAACCGCUUAGCCCGUCAGAAGCAGGUUUGGGAGAGCAGCAUGGCCCACGAGAAAAGAAAAGCGAAGGAAGCCUUAGAGUCGGAAAAGAGAAAAGUCCAAGAUCUGGAGAACCACUUAACCCAACAGAAGGAGAUCUCAGACAGCAGCAUCGCCUACGAGAAACACAAAGCCAAGGAGGCCAUAGAGAAGGAAAAGAAGAAGGUGCAAGACCUGGAGAAUCGUCUGACCAAGCAGAGGGAGGAAAUAGAACUAAAAGGGCAGAAAGAAGACGUGUUGAAUAAUAAAUUAAGUGACGCGCUGGCCGUGGUGGCAGAGACCCGGAAGACGCAGACGGCCAACAGCCUGCGGGCGGAGAGCCUGGCCGUGCAGCUGCAUGAAACGCUGGCCGAGCUGGAGACCGCCAAGACGAAAAUGAUCGUGAUGGAGGAGCGUAUGCUGCUGCACCAGCAGACAGUAAAGGCGCUGCAGGACGAGCGAGAGUCACAGAAACACGAGUUUGAGGAGGAAAUCUCGGAAUACAAGGAGCAAGUCAGACAGCACUCCCAGACGAUUGUGAGUCUAGAGGAAAGACUCCAAAAAGUGACUCUACACCAUAAAAAAAUCGAAGGAGAGAUCGCGACUUUGAAGGACAACGACCCAGCUCAAAAGGAGGAAAUGCCACAAGACGCUCCGUCAGAGAGCGGCGCCAAAGAGGCCACGUGCGAACACCUGAUAGACGACUUGCUGACCGCUCAGAAGGAAAUCCUGUCUCAGCAGGAGAUCAUCAUGCGGUUAAGAAAAGACCUCACCGAAGCCCACGGCCGCAUGUCGGAUUUGAGAGGGGAGCUCAACGAGAAGCAGAAGGUGGAACUGGAGCGGAACAUGGCGCUGGUCCAGCAGCAGAGCCGGGAGCUGAGUGUGCUCAAGGAGAAGAUGGCCCAGCUGGGCGGCCUGGUGGAGAAGAAGGAUCGGGAGCUGAAGGUGGUCAAGGAGGCGCUCAGGGCUGCCCAAGAGAAACACAGACUGCAGCUGAACACGGAGAAGGAGCCGAAGCCCAGGAAGAAGGCCCAGAUGUGUGACAUCUCUGUGCAGAUAGAGCCAAGCCACGCCGAGGUCUUCUCGAGCAGCCAAGACGAGCAAUCCUUCAGUGACCUGGGGGCCAAGUGCAAAGGGUCUCGACACGAGGAGGUCAUUCAGCGUCAGAAAAAGGCCUUGUCGGAACUUCGGGCACGCAUUAAAGAACUCGAGAAGGCCUGCUUGGCAAAUCGUAAGGACCACCUGAAUGAAUCAAUCCUAGAAUUAAAGACUCUCAGAAUGGAAAAUAAUGUCCAGAAAAUAUUAUUGGACACAAAACCUGAUUUUCCAGCUCUCUCAAGAAUAGAGAUCCCAGCGCCUCAGAAUGGCCUUUACAACCCAGGAUCCAGCUCAGCAAUGGAGAAGUCGGGGAGAAUGGAUGUGUGUGAGGCUUUAGCCCUCAGCGAAAAGCUGUACAUGGACAUGAGCAGAACGCUGGGAAGUCUGAUGAACAUCAAGGACAUGUCGGGUCACAUGUCCAUGAAGUGCCUCUCCCCCAAAGAGAGGGAGAGAGUCAGCCAGCUUCGACAAAGGGACCUCGAUCUGGUGUUUGAUAAGAUCACCGAACUCAAGAGCCGGCUGGAGAGGAAAGAGGAGCUUUUGCGAGGAUACGAGAAGGACAUUGAACAGCUCAGGCAGAGCAAAGUGUCCGUCCAGAUGUACCAGGCACAGGUGGCCAAGCUGGAGGACGACAUCUACAAAGAGGCGGAGGAGAAGGCCCUGCUGAAGGAGGCCCUGGAGCGCACGGAGCACCAGCUGUACCAGGAGAAGAGGGUCAACAGGACCAUCAGGCAGCAGAAGGUUGGAGUCAAGAAAGCCACCCUAAAGAUGGACCAGGAAAGAGAGACACUGAAGAAAGAAGCCUCCAGCAGAUCCAGCCACAGCCUUUUGCUUUUGAAGCCCGGCGGAAGGAACCAGAGAAGCGUCGUCCCGCCAGCCUUGCGUGAUCCUCCGCGAGUCAUCUGA